AAGGCUGCCUGACGACCUGUUUUGUUUUCCGACCCCCGACCAUCUAUCGUAUUCUCAAAUAUGACUGGUCGAUCUAUACACACCUACAUCCUAGCUGUUCCCAUCCACUGCAUGCCAAUCACGAUGAAGCUGCACCCCGACCGAUUUUCUGUAACCAACAUCGAGUUUGUUCUUCCAUAGAGAACGAACAGAAUGAAGCCUCGAGAAGUAAGGGAGAGUUAUUUCCUAGAAAUAGCGACCGAUAGGCGUGUGAUUCGUACGGCCCGAAAAAUGGCCCCCGACCACUUGAAUUUCGCCUCCGCUGGCGGUGCGAACGAUGCCCUGAUCACCAACUCAGAAGCUUCAAAUCUGAAUACGUUCGAUCAUUCAGUUACACCGGGGAAUUAAUGACGGAAGGAUGAAGUCGUAUGAAGGAUUCCUAACAUUCAUUCUCGCCGGGCUCGCUGUCGCAGAUACCUGCACGACAUCCACCGUUUCGUUCCAGCCGAGUUCAUCCACUGCUUCGGACCCUCCAGCAUCGACGAGCGGUUCGAGUCAAAUCAGUCUCGAAGUCACGGGGUGUAGCAAAUUCUCUAACUUCUCCGAUCUGACCGUUGCGCGAGUGAAUAUAUAUAACAAUUCGUUUACGGAAAUCAACCUUGCCAACGUGCGCAUCACGGAUCAAAUUCGCAUCGCCAAUAACCCGAAUCUCGAGAAGAUAGUGCUACCGGAUCCGCGGCCGGGCCAGACGAUACCACUCCCACCAACCGGUACGGACGCGCCGACCUGGACGGACGUCGAAAUUGCUGGUAACCCACAACUUGACUCGGACAAUAUCACGUACCAAGGAGGCGCAAGUUUUUGGGACUGGGGAGUGCGUAAUCUAUCAUCGUUCGUUUUUAUAGAUGGAAAUUUCCACUCGAAUUUCUUUUAUCCGAUAUCAACAUCCACAGGUAGUUAUCCUGAAAAAGGUCAUGUAUACGUGACCUCUAGGUUCAUCGUCAAUUCGACGGACUCGCUUUAUGACUGCGGGUACUUGAACUCCGUAAGAUACUACGGAUCCAUCAAGGGCAACUAUACGUGUCAGGGCAGGACUGUUAUGGAUGGUCUGGCGCGAGGCAUUUCGAGCUCCCAUUCCAGUAAUGCGCUUCUGGGCGCAUUGGUGGUGGCUGUGUGCUUCGUGGGUUUUCUGUGAUGGUGGGAUAGCUGUGCAUUCACGAUAAAAUGAAUACGCGACAACCGUAACAUAUCUCCUAGUGGGCUUUAGAUUAUUCUAGGUGGGCACGCAAGAAUCCGACCGUAUACCCGAUUUCUUAGCAUGUACUGGGUAUUGGAAAUAUUCCACAAGCAGGCUCGGACAGCCUGCCGGUAAGAAACUCGUGGGGGUGGCGUGCUCGGGGGGGUUAGCGGCCAACCAUUAGGUACCACCUGGAUGAUGUCUGACGUGGCGUGUGGAGGAAGGCAUGUAGGCCUAAACGGUUCUA